CAGUGCACUGAUAAAAUGGAUCUAAGGAAGGCUGCGGCUCUGCGGCUGGGGCUGUGCAGCGUCUGGCUGUGGGCUCUGCAGGCUGCUGCUAGUGUGCUGCCCUCCUCCCACAGGCUCACCCUGCCGGGGGGCACCAGGAGGGCACUUGCUGCUCUACAUGGGCACCCAAAGGACCACUUACUGUUCAGCAAGGAGCCAAUGGGCAAGGGCACAGUGGUGCCCCAUGAGUACAUGCUGGCUCUCUACAAGAGCCUGUCCGGCACCGAGCACAGGGAGUUGGGCAGGAGUACAGCCCGGAACCGGAGCAGAGCCAACACCAUCACCAGCUUUGUGGACCAGGGACACGAUGACCUCCCUCCCCAGCCUCCAGAGCAGAAGUUCUUGUUUGAUACCAGGAGUUUGCCUGAGCGAGAUGAGAUAGUAGGUGCUGAACUUCGCAUCCUGCGGCGGUUUCCCCUAGACGCAAGCUCCAUAUCAGGAUUGGGGAGCCUGGUCCAUCUCAAUCUCUACACCUGUCCCACUGGUUGGCAAGAGCCCAAGCUUAUAGAUUCCAGAUCUGCAGACCUCCUCGAUACCGUGUUUUCCAAGUGGGAAGUAUUUAAUGUCUGGAAGGCUUUGGGAAACAGAAGGCUCUCAGGGGAAACGUUGUGUUUCAUGCUGAAGAUUGUAUCUGAUAUCAAAGCCACGGCCUUCCAACCGGUGCAAAUGGGAUUUAGCCGCGAGGGGCAACAGCCUCAUGAAAAAGCUUUGCUGGUGGUUUCUUCCCAUUCUAAGAGGAGGGAAAACUUGUUUAAGGAGAUCAGGGACAAGAUUAAGUCAAUGGGAAAUCCUAAAUUCCUGGAGCCUCCAGAUUCAGGUCAACAGUCCAUCCCCAAGAGGAGGAGGAAAAGAACGACUCUCCCCACUAGGACAAAUAAUGGCAAAGGUCAGGGGAAGAAGUCCAAAACGAGGUGUAGCAAGAAGCCUCUUCAUGUCAACUUCAAGGAGCUGGGUUGGGAUGACUGGAUUAUAGCGCCCUUGGAUUAUGAAGCGUAUCACUGCGAGGGGGUCUGUGAUUUCCCCCUGAGGUCUCAUCUGGAACCCACCAACCAUGCCAUUAUACAGACCUUAAUGAACUCCAUGGACCCCGAGUCCACCCCACCCAGCUGCUGUGUUCCUUCAAAACUCAGCCCUAUCAGUAUUUUAUAUAUAGAUUCCGGCAACAAUGUUGUCUACAAACAAUACGAGGACAUGGUGGUUGAAAGCUGUGGCUGUAGGUAGCAGUUGCUCUUGUGUUGCUCAAUGUUUGCUAGAUUCUUUAACCAUAAAGAAAGGUAAGGCGAGAAUAACCCGCUGCCGGUGUUACUAUUGGUCUCUCCGUACGUCCUAAGGGUCAUUACCGUACCCACGGCUGGCCGUAAGGGCUAAUGGGAAAUAUUACAGUGGGGGGCGGGUCCUUGGCAAUUAGAGAACCGCCAAUGAUCAUAAUUUAAUUUUGCAUCCCACCACAUACUGAAAGGCUGAUAUUUAAUGAUAUCCUGUAAAUAUUGUGUAUUACAAUAAUAUAAAUAAACAGAAACAGGACCCAUCUGUGUCGCCCCCCUGGUUAGACAUUCUAAAGGCCGGCCUGCGGAACCACAGUGUAAUAACUGGGUUGCUAUUUGGAUGCUGGUCAUAUCACAAUAACUAUAAGACAUUAAGGGACACUGGCUAGAUUGGCCAGAGUUCUGGUUAAGAGUCUGGACUGGCAUUCACAAUAAUCCUAGGAAUUUAGUAAGAGGAGGCCAUAACAGUGCUACAGGCCCAGUAAAGAUGUUGGCCUAUAGAUUUGCCUAUAGAUUCCAAAGGCAAUACGCACCCGUGUUUGGCACAAUUACUAUAAUCCUUAUACUACACUUGUUAUACAGUUUCAUUCACUCCUGACCAGUGAAUACAGACCAAGAAAUCUAUACUUUAAUUAUACCUUCUUACUGGGCUCUGUAGCAUCACUGGGCUGUGAUUUAGUCAUAAUCUGCCUCCCCUGUGUAUAAUGAAUGCCUCCAUGUUUCUCAUGCACUGGGGUGGAAGUGUAGUAUUCAAAGCUCUUUUUUCUUUGCACUUGGAGGAAGAGUGGGACUAAAUUAUUUCCAUCUCCUUUCACAAUGACCACAACAUGCCCGAUGUGUACUGUUUAAUCUAAACUGAUAUGUAAUACAGUGGCAUAACUGUAUCUGUAUGGGCCCCCUGCAAGAAAAAUCUUCGGAGGGGCCCGGUGUGCACAUCCACCCCUACCCGGCCAUACUCUCACCCUCCUGCCUGCCCCUAGUGUCGCCCCACCCCUACCCGGCCAUAGUCUCACCCUCCUGCCUGCCCCUAGUGUUGCCCCACCCCUACCCGGCCUUACUCUCACCCUCCUGCCUGCCCCUAGUGUCGCCCCCCUCCUACCCGGCCAUAGUCUCACCCUCCUGCCUGCCCCUAGUGUUGCCCCACCCCUACCCGGCCUUACUCUCACCCUCCUGCCUGCCCCUAGUGUCGCCCCCCUCCUACCCGGCCAUAGUCUCACCCUCCUGCCUGCCCCUAGUGUCGCCCCACCCCUACCAGGCCAUAGUCUCACCCUCCUGCCUGCCCCUAGUGUCGCCCCACCCUCUACCCGGCCAUAGUCUCACCCUCCUGCCUGCCCCUAGUGUUGCCCCACCCCUACCAGGCCAUAGUCUCACCCUCCUGCCUGCCCCUAGUGUCGCCCCACCCCUACCCGGCCUUAGUCUCACCCUCCUGCCUGCCCCUAGUGUCGCCCCACCCCUACCCGGCCAUACUCUCACCCUCCUGCCUGCCCCUAGUGUCGCCCACUCCCUGCCAGCUCUCAGGUAGGAGAGUAGCUGGGGAGGGGGGAUUGCCAUGGAGGAAGCAGAAAGCAUUGUCCAGGCCCCUGGGCGACCAGUCCUUCUGCCCCCCUGUGACACUUGGGUCUGCUUAAGUUGCCAACUUUCUAAAUUAUUUUUAUCAGCCAGUGGGGGGGGGGAGUGGGCACAAAAGGAGUUGGCAGUGGUGUAAAAGGGGCAGGUCAGUCACAUAAAAUGGGCAGAGCUAUGAUGCAGGGGCCAAUGGAGGACAAGUUAAGCAGAGGAUUGGGGAAAAAAGGUGGAUCGGGGGCAGGUUAGGGGCUCAUCUUAAGGGUAUUACAAAUUGAUAGGGAUGCAUUGAACCCAGUUUUUCGGUUUCGGCCGAAUCCCCGAAUCCAUGUUAAGGACUACGAAUCAUAAUUGGCAUAUGCUAAUUAGGACUAGAAAGGGUUAAAUGUUGCCGCUUGCAAAGAACAAUUUUACACUUCUGUGUUUAUGCAGUGAUAUUAACCCUUCCAAAUCCUAACUAGCAUAUGCUAAUAAGGAUUCGGUUCAACCAGGGCCGUGGAUUCGGCCAGAUCCAAACCCUGCCGAAAAAGGCAGAAUCCUGGCCAAAUACUGAACCGAAUCCUGGAUUUAGUGCAUCCUUACAAAUUAACUGGCAACUACAUUGGCCUUGGCCUUGGCAGGUGUUUUACUGGUAGCCAUUGCACAAUAAUGCCCAGUUUUGGUGGGGGAGAGUAUAAUGUCUUCAAUAUAUUGGCCCCUUCCUAGUUCGAAUGUAGUCAUCCAGCUUAUGUCAUAUAUGAGAUCAAUAGGAUUGCAGAUACCGUACCAAAUGUAUUGAAUAUAAUGUAUAAAAUGCACCGCAACCAUUGAAUCCAAAGGCUAACCCUGUUGUAGGCCUGUUUGCACAAUGUUUAUUGGAACAGAUCUCUCAGCUAUAAUCAUAUUUUUUUGUAUUCACCAUACUAGACCUUUCAUAACACAAUCCUGUAUAUAGGACAAUUCAAUUGUAUUUAUUCAUAUGCGGAAAAAUACACUGUAAUAUUAGCUGUGUUGUGCUGCUGCCUGAAGGAACAUUUAUGGUAAAUGUGUUUUCAUUUCAUUCCCCUUUGAGAUGUAGGCAUCGUUGUUUGAGUGUUGGCAAGGGAAAGUGGCUUUAGAAAUACCAUUAAAAAAAAAUAUGGAAAAAAAUAUCAAGCAAAGAAAUAAUAUUAUUUGGCAUUCUGAGUCCAAUUAGAAAGAAAUAAAGGGCUUAAUAUUAUAUGUUAUAUAUAGAUAUAUGCUAAAUCCCAGCAUCCCUCAACAGCCAAACGCUGAGAGCUGUUGUAUGUGUGGUUUUCUAUUACAGUUGCAUUGAUCUUUCUGAAGGUUCUGAUUGGCUCCUGGGUGGUUCUAGCUCUGCUCAAGGCUUGGGUGGAAGUUAUGGCUGGUAGCAACUGACCCAUGUUCUUUAUUGUCCUUCUUGAUAUGAGUUCAGGGGAUAGGCAGAGUAGCCUUUAAUGACAGGGUGUACAUAUGGCAUGUACAGUAUGUAGCUAUAUCAUUUAUCAUUACAGGAAGGGCUAAAUACAGUACAUAUAUAUUUAUAGAUAUAUAUCUAGAUAGUUCAUUUUUUUAACUGAAACUGGAAAUAUAAGUAAAUAAUGAAGCACUUGUGCCAAGAAAUGGUGAAUAAGAGCAACAAGUUCAUAUGACUAUGGUUAGUUCAGUACAAAUAAUAUGGCAGAGCUGCUUUAGGGGUUCCGGGUAGGGGGGACAGCUGUGGGACACAUAGAGGAGCAAGAUUUUUGCUGCCCUAGACCUGGGCCUUUGUUGCCUGCCCACAAAUCCGGACCUGACCCCUAUUUAAAAAAGCUGGAAAGAGUCGAAAGAAUACGCCAAAUAAUUAAAA